CAUUAUCAUUUCACUAAAUUCAAAGCUACCGUCCAAAAAAAAAAUAAAAAAAUAAGCAGACUUGUGGAAAAUAGUAGCAGUAGAAAACAUCUAUGUUGAAAUAUUGAUUUCCCGCCGAAAUUAAAAGAAAACCCUGCUCCCAUUUUCUUCUUCCUCGAGACCCGCACAGUCGCAAUUCGCAACCAACAGAAUGAGUUCUCCUAUGGAGACGGAGCAAAACCUUCAAAUCGAUCAAAACGGCGCCGCUUCCCAACACUCUCCUCCACCUCCGCUGCCACCGGAGGACAAAGUUCUUGUGCCUAUCGAGGUUUGCUUAAAACCUUCCAGUACAGCUUCCAUUCACGAUGUCCGUUCAGCCAUUGAGGGGAUGCUUGAAAAGAGGAGUUUGAGCUAUAAUGGCGGACCAAUUCCUGUUCCCGUUGAUGAGCCAUUUCUUGCUGAUAAUGUGCAAAGAAUUUGCGUUUGUGAUGCAGGUGAAGGGAUGCAAAAUGAUAAUGUUCUUUUGUUCUGGCAAGUCAAGCCGGUUGUACAUGUGUUUCAGCUUAGCGAGGAAGGACCAUGUGAGGAUAUCAGCUCUGAUGGCCAGUCUUCUAGCUUCAAUGAAUGGAUUCUUCCAGCAAAAGAAUUUGAUGGCAUGUGGGAAAGCCUGAUAUAUGAAUCUGGUCUAAAGCAAAGAUUGUUGCGGUAUGCAGCAAGUGCUUUGCUCUUCACGGAAAAGGCUGUUGAUCCGUUCCUUGUUUCAUGGAACCGCAUAAUUCUUUUGCAUGGACCCCCUGGAACUGGAAAGACGUCUUUAUGUAAAGCAUUAGCUCAGAAGCUAUCAAUUCGAUUCAAUUCGAGAUUCACACAGGCCCAGCUUGUUGAAGUGAAUGCACAUUCUUUGUUCAGUAAAUGGUUCUCCGAAAGCGGCAAGCUGGUAGCAAAACUAUUCCAAAAGAUUCAAGAAAUGGUAGAGGAAGAAAGCAAUCUGGUAUUUGUUUUGAUUGAUGAAGUCGAAAGCCUCGCUGCUGCUAGAAAAGCUGCUUUGUCUGGUUCUGAACCUUCAGAUUCUAUUCGGGUUGUCAAUGCAUUACUAACUCAGAUGGAUAAGCUAAAAUCAUCUCCAAAUGUGAUCAUUCUAACCACAUCCAACAUUACCGCUGCUAUCGAUAUUGCUUUUGUUGACCGAGCUGAUAUCAAAGCAUAUGUUGGUCCACCAACUCUUCAAGCUCGAUAUGAAAUAUUAAGGUCUUGCUUGCAGGAACUCAUGCGUACAGGGAUAUUAACUAGUUUUGAGGGUUGUAAGAAUAUCGUACUUCCAAAUUAUGCUAGUGCAAAACAAAGGAUGAAUGCACCCAAUUUUCACGAGGCUACUGCAUCCAUGCAACUGUGCAAAAAACUAGUUGAAACUGCAGAGGCAUGCGAGGGAAUGAGUGGAAGGUCUCUCAGAAAGCUUCCAUUUUUGGCACAUGCUGCACUUGCAAAUCCUUUUGAUUGCAACCCUAUCAAGUUCUUAAGUACAAUGGUAGAUACAGCAAAGAGGGAGCGAUCUGAGCUUCCCGAUUAAUGUAACUGAAAUUUCUAAUUAGAAAAUUUUCAAUCAAAAGUGUAACACUUACUUCCAGUGCAUUAUAGUGCGAUAUGUUCUUAUGUAAUUGCGAUGUUUAUUUAUUAUACACAGUUAUCAGGAGUUAGUAUCCUAAACAAGUUUUAGGCUCAACCAUGGGAUCAAUGUCCUGGAAACUUGAGACUUGUUUUAAUAGCAUAAUUGACCGGUAUUAACAUGA